AUGAAUACAGAACUCAACUGUUGCCGAACUGUUAGUCUAAUAAAUGAGACAAUAGACAUGUGGCCAGAGGAAAAGUUUGCAGAUCUCGUUCGUCGCUGUUCAACGAUUGGUACAGAUCAAAACUGUUCACAUUCGUCCUUAUUUCAUUGUCCACUUUCAUUGAAAUGCAUCUCAAAACAUCGACUAGUCGAUGGUUGGAAUGAUUGUUAUUUCGGAGAAGAUGAAUUAUUUCCUGCUUGUCAAUUAAAUGAUUCAUGGAGAUUUAUUUGUGAAUCUGAACCAAAUAAAUGUUUAUCAAGGAUUGCACUUAGAAAUGGAGAUCAAAAUUGUCGAAAUGGAGAAGAUGAACUGACUAAGAAUCAACGAAAUACUUUAAAAGGCAACAUACCGUUUGAACUUUUUUGUGAUGGUCAAAAUGAUUUAUUAUGGAUGGAUAUGUUGAAUGAAACCGAUGAAACCCAUUGUGAAUGGUGGCCAUGUAACACUCCAAAUGUUCAAUGUGAUAACGUUUGGCAUUGUCUAAAUGGUGCCGACGAACUUAAUUGUCCUGGAAUACAAUGUCUAUCAAACGAACAUAGAUGUCAAAUUGGGUUCUCAAAUGAGUAUAUUUGUGUACCGAUACUUCAUCUAAUGGAAACAUAUUCAAAUUGUGAGACUUCCUUUUUUCGUCAAAUCUAUCUUAAUAAUGUAAUAUUUAACGAUUCUAUGAAUUAUUUCUUAUGGAAUCAAACAAAAUGUAUUAUGUCAAAACAUGUAUUACGUUUUUAUGGAAUAAAAUCGACAGCUGUAUUUAUACAUUGUAUCACUGCAUUUGAAAAUUCUAAACAUCAACGUACAACAAUAUUGAAAAAGAUCGAAUAUGACGAAAAUAUAAUUACACUCUUGGUCACACAACCAUUUCAUAUUCUCAUUGCUGAAUUAUUUAAUCAAAAUUAUUAUUUGAUUGUAUUAAGAGAAAAAUUUAUUGAAUCAGAACAUAUUCAAACUAAAUUAACAUCGAAGCAAAGAUGUGUCUUUAUACAUGAACUAUUAAACACGACUUUUCGAUCUUAUUCUCCUUUUAAUCGUAUUAAAUACUAUCCUCUUUUAUGUCGACAACAUCAACAAUUGGUGUGCUUGUACGAUGAAAACUAUAUGUGUAUAUGUGAUUUGGAUCGAUUCUCGAAUUGUUUCACAUUUGAUCAUUCAAUCACUUAUGAUUGUCAUGGUUACAGUGAUUGUAAAAAUGGUGGUCAAUGUUUUCAAGACAAUUUCACAUGUUCAACUGUAUCAGUAUGUGUUUGUUCAGAUUGUUAUUAUGGAACAAAAUGUCACAUUUCAACAAGAGGUUUUGUUUUAUCACUUGAUUGUAUUCUUGGUUAUCAUAUUAAACCAAAUGUCUCGUUUUUUCGACAACCAUUAAUUGUUCAAAUGAGUGUGGCGUCCACAACAGUUAUGCUCAUUUUUGGAUCGAUCAAUGGGAUUUUAUCUAUAUCGACAUUUCGCAUGAAGAAAGCAACAGAUGUGGCUCGUUCUCGUGUCACUGUACGAACAAGAUUAUCGUUCAAAGAACAUUUACAAUUACAAUUUAAACAACAUAAACAUCAUCUAAUUGCAUCAUGUACAUUGGCAUUGUUAGCAUUACCGCGGCUAAUCAAAUCAUUUAUUGGUGAAUGUAUGAAAUCACCACGUAAUUCAUGGUUAUUUCUUCUUGGUUAUUUAAUUUCAUUUUUACCAUCGAUGGUGACAUUUAUCGUAUUUGUAUUACCAUCAAAAAUAUAUAAAGAUGAAUUCAAUAGUGUCAUCAACCGACUAAUUCGACGAUUAUCUACACAUGUUAAUUACUAA